GCUGUUCGCAUUGCCGCGCAAAAUAAAGAGGCGCUUUUGCCUCCGGUUUAUGUUUGUGAUUUGUGUAUAAUUUCUUCCUAUGUGCAGGAGAAACAAUGAAUUUUAACUACUUUCCCAACUACUACUCCAUAGAGGAUAUAUUCGUGACGCAGGAGAAAGUGGAGUGCAAGGUAAAUUCGCGCUUGCAGCGCAUGGGCUUCCUCGAUGCCGGCUCGGAAACAGAACACUUGGAGCCGGGACGCACAAUAAAUCUGCCGCUGUGGUACAUUAAAGAACUUAAGGUAAACAAUGCAUAUUUCACAGUAGCCGUGCCGGACGUUUACAAGAACGUACACAAAGCCGUUUGCGAGGCGGAGACGACACACAUCGAACUGGGCCGCUUGCAUCCGUACUUUUAUGAGUUCGGACGCUAUCUCACACCUUACGAUCGCAACCAUGUUAUUGGACGCAUCGUGUUUGAGACCCUGCGACAGCGAGUGCGUCAUCUGCUGGACAUAUCAAAGAAUAACACACAAAACAACAAGCCAGAGCAUAAGCUGGACAACAUUGAGACCAAGCUGCACGAUGCGGGCAUACGGACCAAUACGAUGUACACGAACUGGCUGCAAAUGAGCGCGAGCAACAUAUCCAUUUCCGAACUGGUACUGGAGCAUCAGAAGAAGCGGAAGCGUGCCGAGCUCGACGACGACGCUGCUGAUGGCCACGAUGGCUCGCCCAACAGUAAAAAACGCGCCACAAUGUAACACGAUAUGAAAUAAAUGAAGAUAUUAAAGAACCUCAGUUGAACAACCCUUUAUUGAGGAAAUGUGAGAUUAAAUAAAAACAAGAUGACUUUA